AGCGGAUAUGACGUCGACAGCGGAAGUUAUCAUCGGCAACACAACAACGCGCCAAAUUUGUGACAAAUUUGCUUCUGUCAUCGGCUCAAGCAAACAAAAAGUUUGCCUAAUCUUCCAGGAAACGUUUUUAAACGCUGUCGGCCGAUAAAGGCUGUGCAGCAUGGCUGUGCCUUUUGUGCAAGACUGGGAUCUUGUUCAAACACUGGGAGAGGGAGCCUACGGAGAAGUGAGGCUGCUGGUUAACAGACAGACAGAGGAGGCGGUGGCAGUGAAAGUGAUCGACACCUCUCAGGCCAAAGAGUGUGCUGAAAAUGUCAAGAAGGAGGUUUGCAUACACAAGGUGCUAAACCACCCCAACAUUGUACGUUUUUUUGGUCAACGGAAAGAAGGUACGACUGUGUACCUGUUUCUGGAGUACUGCACUGGAGGAGAGCUGUUUGACCGAAUUGAGCCUGAUGUGGGGAUGGCAGAAAAAGAUGCUCAUCGAUUUUUCCAGCAGCUUGUAGCCGCUGUGGAAUACCUCCAUGAUAAUGGCAUUACCCACAGAGACAUAAAACCAGAGAACAUUCUGCUGGAUGACAAAGAUAACCUGAAGCUGACAGAUUUUGGCCUGGCUACCAUGUUUCGCUUCAAAGGCCGGGAGCGGCGGCUGAAUCGACUCUGUGGGACGCUUCCUUAUGUGGCUCCUGAGCUUCUCAGUCAAACAGAAUACAGGGCUCAGCCUGCAGACAUCUGGGCGUGUGGGAUAGUGCUCACUGCUAUGCUGGCUGGAGAGUUACCAUGGGAUCAACCCACUGAGAGCUGUCAGGAGUAUUCAGACUGGCUUCAGAAGAAAACGUACCUACCUCCUUGGAAGAAAAUACAACCAAUGCCUCUUUGUUUGUUGUCAAAGUUGCUGCUGCCCUGUCCGGAUUCACGCAUCACCAUGGCAGACAUUAAAAAUGAUCGCUGGUUUACUCAAGGUGUGAAGCAACCUCCGCUGGGCUCGGGGAACAAACAUCUACGAUCAGACGGAGGAUUCAUAUCUCGAUCCAGCAGUGACGACAGGAUGCAGUUUUCCAGCUCUCAGCCUGAUUUUGCAGCAGGUGGCUGGGAGGCCAUGUUGUUAAUCAGUCAAGCUGAAGGUCAGGUUAGCUUCUCUCAGCCGACCAAGCCGGAGCACAUGUUACUGGGCAGUCAGCUGCUGGGCACUCCUGGAGCCAGUCAGUCGCCCUGGCAGAGAUUAGUGCGCAGAAUGACGCGUUUCUUCACCAACGUGAAUGCUGACACUUCCUUAGCUGACCUGAAAGAUGCCUGUGAGAGCCUGGCUUUGGGCUACAAACUCACCUGCGGCAAACAGGUGACGGUGAGCACGUUGGACAAACGCAACAACAAGCUCAUCUUCAAAGUCCACUUGCUGGAGUUGAAUCAGAGAGUACUGCUGGACUUCAGACUGUCUAAGGGUGAUGGCCUGGAGUUCAAGCGUCUCUUUGUGAAAAUUAAACAAAAGCUUGGAGACAUCAUCAGCACUCAGAAAAUCACUUGAACAUCCUGGACUAAAACAGAAACACUGCCACAGACAUUGAAUAAGGAACCUGUAAAUAUUUAGUUGUUCUAAUGAUGUUUUAAAUGUACUCUGCUGUUAUCUUUAAAUGUUUCUUUUUUGUCAUUUUAGACCUGUGAGAAUGAAUUUAAGGGUCACAUGUCAGGAGGGCAGACAGGGUUUUCAUGGGGUUGGAAAUCAGGUUUUAGUUUCCUGUAAGUAUGAGAUGAAGUUUAGAUGUCAGUGUUCAUGUUCUGGCUCUGAUUAUGUUUGACAGCCCAAAUUUUGAGUAAAUAAAUUGUUAAAAAGACAAACAAUGAGAGUUAAAUGUGUGU